AAACAGCGUCCUGUCAUCCAGCUCGUCAAGGACACACAGUUUUCCAAAGCUAUUUUGGCAGAUGAUUCCCCAUUUGGUGAGAGAGGCGUGUGGGAUCAUAUAAAUUCCAUCCUCAGAGCUUGACCCGUCCAAAAGAAGUGAGAAGGACCUGACCAGACAGACAGACAGAGAGACAGACAGACAGACAGAGACAACCAAGAAUGGUUUGUGUGUAUGUUUUACAUUGUGCAGCACUGAUGCUGUUUUGGGCAACAGAGUGUGUGCCCCUGCUGGUCCCAGACAUGGAUGGCCCUCAUGGACAGAAGCUGGACUCAGCACCAAGGACAGUGACAAGAGACAAGAGGUCCCACCACACAACGGAUUCCAAACAGAUGGGAGUCAAAAAUGCAGGUUAUGCCCUGACAUCAAAAGACACCAUCACGUCCCAUCAUGUCCCUGAAGAUGCCCCGUGCUCUCAGGGUGCACAGGGUCACGGGGACAUUCUGGAUGGUGUAUUUGCAGUGUUGCGCGAAGGUUUGGGGAAUGACAGUGAAGUGACAAACAGCAGUCUGACCCGGUUUGGAGUCUGCACCAAAUCUGAUGGUUCGUCAGGCGCCGUCUUGUCAGAGCUCAUUAAUGCAGCAAACAGAGACCAGAGAAAUGGAGUUGGUAUUGUGCACCCAACCAAAGAAGUGUCGGCUGAGGAAGGAAGGCUUGUACUGACUCUUGACAUCCCACAGUCUCCCCUGCCCCAGCUAAAUCCGGUACUGCUCUUGGUGUUUGGACGUCCCGUCACAGGGAGAAACUUUGAUGUCACUUUCUCUAGUCAGUCUCUGCACCCUGACACACAGACUGCAUGCAUCUCAGAGGGAACGCAGUUCAUCAUAUUGACAGGAAAGGCAUCAGACGGCAGUGUUGAUCAGAAAUGGCAGUUAUCUGUUGAGUCCCCUGACACAGGGCAAAAGGAACAAGAGCUCCUUCUUGGUGAGGAAUCAGGAAGCAACAUCAGCAUGACUCCGAUUCUGCUUUUCUUGGCAGACAGAGGAACUUAUCUGAGAGCUACACAAGUUGCAAGCUCAUCCCCGGACCCCUCAGAGACAUGCUUGUUCCUCUGUGAGCUGCAGAAGUUCCUGGGUGAUGUUCUGCUUCAGGAUCAAACCGAGUCCAUUUCAGUACAGCUGGACUCCUUACACUCCCUGCCUCCCCUCAAACUGGGGGUAUCCUCCAGCGAGACCCUCCUGGCAGGGUUGCUCAACUCAUCGGCACCCACGCUCUUCUCCUUCCCGGCGCAGGGCUCUGAGCUCCUGGUGCAGAGCAGGGAGCUGGCCCUGCCUCCUGCACUGCUAGAGGUGCUCAGGCAGAGGCUGGAGCAUGUCAUGGCGCAGGUAACAGAGAUCAUCAAGGAAGAGGAGAUGGGUCACACUGUCAUGGAGAGGCUGGGGAGGCUCAAAGCAUUCAGUGCAUUUCCCAAGAAUGAACCAGCUGCAGGAGAGAGGCAAUACUGUGCCUUUCUUCUGCUGAAGGCCCUACAGACGGUGGCACGUGCUUACGAGGCUGAGAGAGGACUGCGGGCCACCAGAGCGGGCCAGAUGUGGAGGAACCUGUGUGGGCUGCACAGCCUCAAUGUGUCCCUUGAAAAGUAUUUUGUCGGCCCAAAUGCCGCUACCAUCAACAACUGCCAAGGCAUCUGCGACUUAUCUCCAGGUAACUCACUGCCCAACGUGAACAACCAUGCCAUCCUGCUGCACAAACAGAUUGAGCACGGCAUAGAGCUGGAGCGCCCGCUGUGCUGUGUGCCCGUGGCCUAUGAGGACCUGGAGGUGGUGGAGUGGAACAGUGACGGGACGUACAUCUGCAUUAAACCCAACAUGGUGGCCAAAGAGUGUGGGUGCCGCUAAAUGCCUUCUCCUGUUGUGGUUUUACCUAAAGAUGUGAGUGUGACAGCAAAGACAUUUCACAUCAGCGAGAUAACAAUGACUGAACAUGGUUUGUUUGGUGGACAAAGAGCCUCACUUCACGCAUUUGUGCCACGUAGGAUAAAUACACUAGUAAAACACGCUUUUACUUAGAGAAGACUGUUUAUUUAAUCAGAAUUAUUUGAUAUAAUCAUUUAACAGUGUAUUCCAAGUAGAUAUGCACAACAGUUUCUCACACUGAUACAUAAUCAAUUGUAUGGAAACCAAAAUACUUUUCAUAAUUCUACAAUAUAAUGCUGUAAUCAGUAGCAGUAUCUUGUUAUGUUAUGUGAGAAGAUUUACAGUGUUACCCAUUUUUACUGCAGCUAAGUCGUAUUUGUGUAAUGUAUUUGCUGACAGAUUAACACUGUCAUUAUCAUUAUCAUUAACAGAAACAUCUAAUUCUAAACACUGACAUGUUACUGCUGGUUUUAUUUAAGACUACACUCCAAUGUGGUAAUAAAUGAGUUUCUAAAUUAAUGCCCUGGAAAAGACAGUGUAAGUUAAAGUUAAUUUGGCUUUGUGCAACCCACACAAUGCAGAGUAGAAAAUGGCUGAAUGUGUAGUUUCAUUUCUGUAUAUUAUUAAAGUCAAAGUGCACUGUUGACCGUGUGUUCGUA